AUGCACCUGAAUCUACCUGCUUUAUAUUUUGAUGAACAAAAAGAUAAAACAUUGCAAAUAGUCGCAAACGGAAUCAAAAGGCAUUUGUUUGAUCACAUCGACGGUAAAACGUCUGGUCCCUCUUCAUACAAUGGUCCUAUUGGUAUGUUGCUGGAUGAAUGUGAAACGGAAGCUGUAAUCGAAUUCGAGCCAAUACCAUUUAGUUACAAGAUUGUCCUGUCGGCUAUCGAUAUCGGGCUUUAUUUGCAAAAAAAAGUUUCAAAACCUGCAAGCCCAGUUCGAACGAGUGCCAGAAUUUUUCAGAAACUAAGACAUAAAGAACCAGUAGAGGCAACUCUCACGAAAGACAACACAGCUAAGAAGAUUAAUUGUGAUAAACGAGUUGAAGUUGUUAAUAAAGAUGCGAACCAUUUGGUAAAUAAGGCAAUAGUUUACGCUCGCCUUCCAAGUGGUGAAAUAAUAGGAAACAUCAUAAAACAAACAAGUAACAAUGGCAACUUUAAUAAACUUUCUGUCCAGUCAAUGGCUUCCAAUGACAAUGUGAAAGCAAAAUCUUUGAAAAGCAAGAACACUGGUACUUCAUCUCAGACUCUACUGGCACAAUAUAAUAAAAUUGAUUGCCCGAUUGACGAGUUCAAUGUUGAGGAGGUUCUACAUACAUCCAUCCGAGCCACUCAGUCUAUGCGUAUGUUCCUCUCAUCAAUAAGAGAUGACUUGAAACGCUUAGUGGCUACCUCAACUCCAAGUUCAAUGAUCACUGCUGAACAGAUAAAAAAGAGAAAAGAUUUAGCAGAUAAAUUACACCGAGCAUACAGCGGUUAUAAACAUGCAAUCAACUGUGAGUUGUUGGCGAUUGACAAAAAAAGUAAACAAUUUAGAACGGCCAAGAUAUCAAACAAACUUACUUUAACGAAGACAUAUUCAAACGAAACCGAUGUCAUAGAAUUAUCUGAGGAAAGUGAUGUAGAAUAA